GAGAUCCGAUUGGAAACAUUGGAUGAGUGCAGAGAUGUUCCAAACAGCGUAAUCUAUUUCCUGUUUGGUAUCCUUCGGGGUAGGAGCUGAUGUGGAGUCUUUUCCCGGCGCAUUAACAAUGAGAGUACCCUGAGACAAUGAAAUGCGACUGAACAAUACCACAAGACAAGUAAUGUGACUCAACAAUACCACAAGAUAAGUGAUGUGACACCCUACCACAAUUACCAAUCAAGUCUCCUAUUCUGCCCACAAAGGACAAUCAUAUUUCUUAAAGAAAUUUCUACAGAUAAAAAAAAUGAGAAUGUUGAAAAAAGUCAUUUUGAUACCUUUGUGCUUCAUUUUAGCAAUUGUGUGUCCACUUCUGAUCUACUUCAAAGCAGACAGAUCUCUUAUGACUAACGAACAGGAGACCAAGCGUGAUUCCCUGCCAGAUAACCCAAACAUUAUUAUAGAAUCUAACACUGUCAGUGACCAAAGUUCAGGCAUUGUAACAGUGGUAGAGACAGCAGACAAGAUCCGCUCCAAUACAAAUGAUACUGUUCUGGUCACACUCAUCAAUGAUGCUUACAUGAGCUUCACCUAUAGUUGGUUGUGUAAUACUAAACAUAUGGGAAUUCACAAACAAGUGUUAUUCAUCACUACCGACACUAUUUCUCGAGACAAACUUCACAAGGACUGGCCAGAGGUCAGUGCAGUGACACUGCCCGGCCUAUCUCUGAGUGGAGAUCAGGUAUACAGUCAUGCAGGCUAUGUUCGGCUCAUGGUGAGGAGGACGGAGGCAAUUUUAGCCAUAUUAAAUGCUGACAUCGAAAUGUUCCUAUUUGAAGUAGAUUGUCUGUGGAUUCGGAAUCCAAUGCCAACUUUGAAAAAAACAGCUGAACAUUUUGACAUUUUGGUUACACCAGUUUCUGAUAGGCCAGGCAUUAUUGCUGGCGGGUUUCUUUUCAUGCGUCCAACAACUGCAAUGAAGAAUACCUGGCAUGCUCUUACUGAUAAACUACAUAACCUCGAUUCACGCCUGAAAAAGCUGCCGCCAAACAAACAGAUUUCAGAAGGUGAAAAUGAUCAACAGUUCCUAUCAGUUUUGAUCAUGUCAAAGUAUAAAGGGUUGAAGUACAAGAUGUUGACUCUGCAAGUCUAUCCUGAUGGAAAGUGGUACUCUUAUCCGGAGUCAAAACGAAACAAGCUGGACCCAGAUAUCAUUAAUAACAACUGGGCACUUGGGAACAAGGCUAAGAUUGACCGGGCAAAGAAGUGGCACCAUUGGUUUAUCAAGGAAGACAACGUGUCUUGUGAUAUGGAUGCAGUAAGAAAGAUUGUGAAAAAUUAGGUAAUUAAAGUAUUUUAAAAUUGCUAUUGGUAUAGGUUGGUAAGGUUUGGUUGAAGGGUUUGGCAAAAAAUCUGUCAUGGGCAUCUACAAUUGUAGAUAACAUUUAAAAACAACAUUAUUGUGGUUUCAUUUAUUUUAGAUCGCAGUCUCUACCACAAGAAUUUAGCCACUCUACCUUGUGAAUUCUUCGAGAUAUAUAUAUGAUGCUGUGAUACUCAUAGAUAAAACUCCAAAUUAUCAUUAUUAUUUAGACACUUCAGACAAAAUAGUAUAUUACUAGUAUUGAGUUUUAUAUAAAUAGAGUAUGUACUUUUUGUUAUCUUUAAUAAAGAAUGUUCAAGUAAUUAUUAUAUAAUAACUUAUAAGUAUCAUUAUUUUUGCAAAGAUAUUGACACUUUCACUCUCAAUUUUCCUAUCAUAAAUUGUUUUUGUUCUUAUGAUAAAUGAAACUUUAUAUAAAUUAUUUCUCAUGAGGACAAAAUAAUGUCUACUUGAAAAAAAAUGUUUAAUAUAGAAUCUAAGGUGGAAGUAAUCGGCUCAUUUGCAAAAAUCUUGACAUUUUUGGCGACUUUUUGUGUUUCCAAUUUUUAUACGCCAGUCAAAUAUGAUUGGAGUAUUAUGGUAUUGUGUCGUCCAUCCAUCUAUCUGCAGGCAUAAACUUUUGUUUGUCCAGAAAUCGUAUCUUAAAAUUUCCCACUGAUCUCUUUCACACUUGGUAUAUAUACAGUUAUGGUCAUGAUAUGAUGUUGUGUCUCUCUGAAAACAUUUUUUUUUAAUUUGACAGUUCAUGUCAGUAUUCAGGUUUUUUUUAUCUGGAGAUCUUCUACAUUUUUUAACAAUUUCUUUGGAACUUGGAAGGCUUCAUAAUGAUGAUAUAUUAUUAUGUUUACCUGAAAAGAAUUUUUGAUUUGAUGAGUUUCGCAAAAGUUAUUGCCCUUUGUUCAUUUCAGUAUUUGAUUUUUCUCUGGUAAUCACCUGCAUUUUUCAACCAAUCUCUUUGAAACUUGGAAUAUAUCAUGAUCCUGAUAUGAAGUUAUGUCUUUCUUAAAAGUAUUUCGAUUCAACUGUUUUUGAAAAAGUUUAUGUCCUUUGUUUAUUUCACUAUUCAUUUUUUUUAACAGAGUAAUUAUUGCUGUCCAUUUCUGAUGUAGAAGGCUGGAGUAGUUUGUUUUCGUCAAACUGUCAGAAAAUUAAAUAUUGACUUUGUAGUGAAAAGUAAGAUUAUAGCAUGCCACUUAGCUACUCGUAAGGUGUUAUUGUGCGAGUAACAAUAUAUAGCAUUCGACUCGUGUACCUGUCCUUCGGUAAUCUUUUUAUGAUCUUGUUUAUGAUGAAAAUUUAAAACUCUUAAGAUGAUUUUUUUCAUCAUUAAAAGUAGUGUUUGUCAUGGUCUUGCCAUUCUUGAAAAAUGAUUAUAAAUCCUUAUGUUAAAGUAAUGUACGUUACUUUAAUGUAAAAUAUGUUUUAAGAACAAAGAUAUCAUGAUUAUAUGUUUUUCUCUUUACGAAAUAUGAAAAAAUAAGUCAGACAAUUGCAAGUAAUUUUUUUUUAUUUGUAAUCUCUCUACCCAGAUUUCAUUUUUUGAAAUACAUUGUUUACAAUAUUAAUGUCUGUACAUAUUUAUAUUGCUUCUGUGCUUGUGUAUUUGUUCUACUGGCCAGCAGUAUGUCAUGUAAAAAUUAAAUAUAGAUUACCUACUAACUGUUUUAUGAGCUUUUGAAGCUUUACUUGCUAUCAGUUAUAUAUAUAUAUAUAUGUAUACGUAAUUGUGUAUUUUACCAGAAAAAAAAUUCAUGUGGAAUUUUCCCUAAAUAUAUAAGCCUUUCAGGCUAGUUUCAGCAAAAAGUGAAUACAUUGUAUAUCACUGCUGCAACUGUAGUUGUAUAGUUUUGUUUUAUAAAUAACCUUUGUAUGUAUAUACCAGGUUUUACUGCCACGUUUAUAUCUUUAUCAUAUUUUGUUUAAUAUUAGCAAGGAUUUAAAUUAUCCAGAGAAAUUAUGUAUAAUGUCAAAAGUACAUACAGAGUACAUUGUCUGUACUGAUGUAAUUGCCUGAAUUGAUAGGUCACAAGGCAAGACACUUACAGGUAUUUGUAAUAUAGGUCACAAGGCAAGACACUUUACAGUAUUUGUAAUAUAGGUCACAAGGCAAGACACUUUACAGUAUUUGUAAUAUAGGUCACAAGGCAAGACACUUUACAGUAUUUGUAAUAUAGGUCACAAGGCAAGACACUUUACAGUAUUUGUAAUAUAGGUCACAAGGCAAGACACUUUACAGUAUUUGUAAUAUAGGUCACAAGGCAAAACACUUUUCAGUAUUUGUAAUAUCUCUGUUUCAGCUUACCUGACAUAGUGUCUGUGAGCUUAUGAUAUUGAGCAGCAUGUUCAUUGCAUUUCUUUUAAGUAUUAAGGUAUCCAGAAACUGAUGUAUUAUUUAGGUUGUCUGAACCGAAGGGUCAGGAUGACCUACAAUGUAUAGCCCGAGUUACCUCUGGCCCUGUCACCAUGUCUGGUGUAGGCAGACAUGGUGACAGGGCUAGAGAAAACUCGGCCUAGAUGACCUACAGUCAAAUUAUUAAUUAGAUGGAAAUUUACCGAUAUUUCUUGAAAUGAACCUUGCAUGAUGAAGGUUAUGUAGAUUAUCAAGAAUAGGCUGAUAAUUUUAGGUAUUUUAGAGAUGAUGCUAUAAAAGGUUGAAAAUUAUGAAAAGCAUUCAUAUUAUAUGUUUGAAAAUUACUGAUAUUUGACUAAACUUUCAUGAAAAUUUCUCACGAUUUUGAUUAAACUUUUAUGACUCUACUGUUACCUGUAUACAAUCAAUAAUAAUCAGGAUGUUGGCUAUACAUAAGAAGCUGACCCCAUCCUUGGGGAAGAGGAUCAAGUCACAAUGAUGAAGUCGGAGAACUUAAACCUUCUAAUGAUGUCACUGGAACUUGUGGAUAUAUCAUUAUUUCUUAUAGAUACUGAGGGUCAGCCCAUAGCAAAGGUCAGCCUAUAGCAAAGGUCAGCCUAUAGCAAAGGUCAGCCCAUAACAAGGGUCAGCCCAUAACAAAGGUCAGCCUAUAGCAAAGGUCAGCCCAUAGCCAAGGUCAGCCCAUAGCAAAGGUCAGCCCAUAGCAAGGGUCAGCCCAUAGCAAAGGUCAGCCUAUAGCAAAGGGUCAGCCCAUAGCAAAGGGUCAGUCCAUAGCAAAGGUCAGCCUAUAGCAAAGGGUCAGCCUAUAGCAAAGGGUCAGCCCAUAGCAAAGGUCAGCCUAUAGCAAAGGGUCAGCCCAUAGCAAAGGGUCAGCCCAUAGCAAAGGGUCAGCCCAUAGCAAAGGGUCAGCCCAUAGCAAAGGUCAGCCCAUAGCAAA